CGAGACAGUAUUGCACACAAGACAUCAUUCAUAUUCAUGCGAAGAAUGAGAUUUUGUUGCCCACAUUGAAUGCAUUCUAUGCGAGAAAGUUCCUUCCCCGUUGUACUUGAAAGAUCUGUAUCCUUGUGGCGACGACAUGACGAGACCAAUAGAUAGAGAAAACUAUGAAGCCAAGGAAUCAGAAAAUAAAUUCUUGCUUACUGAUAUUUGGCAUAAUCAUAUGAUGACAUUGGGCGACGUUAAGGACAUUCUUCGUGUGGUCUGCAACAUAUGUGAUGGGGACAUACUUGGUAGACCAUGGGAAUGCAAGACCUGUAUCUUUAUGGCACAUGAUUACUGCAUAGAGCUGAGGAAACCAUCACGGCAUAGAUUUCAUGUGAACCAUCUUUUGACACUCUUGCCAAGUUACCCUGCAGGUUUUAUAAUGAAUUGCUACACCUGCAAAACAAAAAUAGAAAACUUCAACCUCUUCUGUCGGGUAUGCAAUUUUAUCAUCUGUACCAAAUGUAUGGUAAGAGCUAAACAAGUUCUUGGAGAACUACAUAGGGGGCAGAAAUUCAUUGGAUUAACCACUGAAGGAACAUGCUUCAGAAGGAUGCAUGACUUGGUUGAAGUUAUGGUAUCGAGGUCAUAUGCUACGGCUUGCACUAUAUGUGUUGAGAGGUUGUGUGGAAAAGUUUUGACAUGUGUGACAUGUAAAGAUAUAUAUCAUCCCCGGUGUAUUCAACUUCGGAGACAAGAGCGGCGCGGUCAUCCCCUUCAUUCUGAUCACAGUCUAGAAAUAAAACUGACAAGUGGAUCCAAGUGCAUUGCCUGUAAACUGAGUAUUAAACGGUAUGGUUAUAAUUGUUCCACUUGCAAAGUCAGUUUCCAUAUUGAAUGCAUCGAAGCGGUGAGUAUAUCAGGAAAGAUCAAGUCUCACAAGCACUAUCUCUACAACUUUUGGAUGGAUGAUUCGCGGUUGAAUAGAGCAUGCAGUAUUUGUGGUAAACCAUGUGGUGCAUCCUUCUACGGCUGCAUUGGUUGUAAUGACUUCAGUGCCCAUGUAGGGUGUAUUGGGUUUCCGGCUAAUGUGAAGAAUCAACAACAUCAACACAUUGUUGUGCAAAGUUAUUCUUGGUGCAGGAUGAGUUGUUCUCUAUGUGGAUUAGACAUAGAAACAUCUGAAAAAUUUCGCUAUUCAUGCAAUCACUGCGAGGAUGUGUUUCAUAUGGAAUGCAUAAUGUCCAUGGAUGAGCGUGAGGCAGCAACAGAAGAGGAGCAGAUUAAGGACAUCUAUCUUAUGUACAUAGAGCGGGAUCUCUUUAGCCUGCUCAAAGACGCCUUGUAUCAACACACGAACAGUGAUGACGAAGGCAGUGCUUUUUAGUUUACUAUCCACUUGGUGAAUCAAAUUUACUCAUGCGCUCAAACUUCUGCACGGAUGUGUUGUAAAACCAAACACAACGCCCGUGGUAAAGAUUUAAUUGAUCAUCAUGUAGAACUAAAACCAUGUCUUCGUUUGUAACCGUAUCAUACAGAAAAUUUCAACAGAAGAGGAACAACUUAAAGACAUCAGUGAUCUCUUUGACCUUCUCAAAAACUGUAUCAUACAGAAAGUUCAAAAUAAGUUUCUGCCUCCUCUGAAACUUAAUCCUACUGUAACCUCAAGACUCAAGUCCUCUAAUUUUCUCUUGUUGUGGUUUUUGACAAUGCAUUUGUUAAACCGCUUAGUAAUAUGUUUCUUUGAUC